CAUCGAAGUGAACCCACGUUUCAGUGUCCGACCAAAGGAUGCGUUGAGAUUUUCUUUAAUAUAUCUCAACGCCGUAGACAUCAGAUUGCGGUCCAUAACCGCAAGCCAUUGCUUAUACGCAAAUAUCGGUGCGAUUGGCCGGGAUGUGAGUGGACGGGUCGUGCCAUUGGUCAGCAUAAACUGCAACACACGGGCGAAAAGCCGUUUGCGUGCUUAUGGCCAGAGUGUGGCAAACGGUUCGGUCGAAUGGACUAUUUUAAAUACCACAUGAAUAUUCAUAACAACGUUAAGCCCUAUGCGUGUCAUUGGCCCGGAUGUACACACAGUUACGCACACAUCGCUAAUCUUUCGUCACAUAUCAAGCGAUUUCACACCAAA